GUGGUCUCACGUGCAGCUGAUCCGUACAUUUUCACAAACGGAACUUGGGAAGACGACGACGGUCGGUAGUUACCUCUCAAAUCCCAUCCACCCACUUCGUGGCCCCCGCAUAAAUUGUGUACUGGAUUAGCCCCUCCCACUUCCCGGUCAGCCCCACUCCCCUGACCGAAAGCACCCGUAUCUCGGCCCAAAACGCUCUCUCGCUCUCUCUCUCUGUCUGUAAGAUGGUAAAUAAUUUGGGAAGCAGAAAAGGGCAAAACGGCCGUGUGAAAUGGAUGGGUAGCAGUGAAGUACGGCGGUAAAAGGAAUUCCAGAACUUCCAGUUCCUUUAAACUUUCGUUUUCCGAUUCAGAAUUUAAUUUCAUUUCCUGCAACCGACCAGAAGCAUCGCCUAUUAAGGCUCCUGUGAAGUUUCCCAAUUGGGGGAAGCUCUGGCAUUUUGCAACAAAAAAAUAAGUGCUGAUGUCUCUCAAUUCAUGAAUGAGUAUAUAUCUCACAUGUGGUUGUACUGCCAGAUUUUACUCCAGGGAUUCAACGUGCAUUACAGCCUCAUGACUUCUUCUGCGAAUGAUCUUUCCGAUAAUAGUGAAGCUGAUGAGCAGCAAAAGCACUCAGAAUCUCUGAUUCAGUCUUUGUCUCCUGCAACUGGAAUGUCUCAUUCUGGUAUUAGUAGUCAAAAUGUUCAGUAUCAAACACCUCAGCAGCUUGGAGCAGCACAUGCUUUGGCACCGGCAGUAUACCCAUAUCCAGAUCCCUAUUAUAGAAGCAUCUUUGCCCCAUAUGAUUCACAGCCCUAUCCUCCACAAACCUAUGGUGGGCAACCAAUGGUCCAUCUUCAGUUAAUGGGAAUUCAGCAAGCUGGGGUUCCUUUGCCUUCAGAUGCAGUUGAGGAACCUGUUUUUGUGAAUGCGAAACAAUAUCAUGGCAUUAUGCGGCGUCGACAGUCUCGUGCAAAAGCCGAAUCAGAAAAUAAAGUUCAUAAGUCUCGAAAGCCAUAUUUGCAUGAAUCUCGACAUUUGCAUGCAUUGAGAAGAGCUCGAGGAUGUGGGGGUCGGUUUCUCAAUUCAAAGAAAAAUGGGAACCAACAGAAUGAGGUGGCAUCAGGUGACAAAUCACAGCCCAACAUCAAUCUCAACUCUGAUAAAAAUGAUAUUGCUUCCUCAGAUGGCACAUCUUGAGCUUUUGGAAGCAACACAUGCGAUGGGCUGCACGAACCCAUUAUUCAUAAACAGUGUCAAUUAACCAAGGUUCUAUUCUAGGCCCAAAAGUCUCACUAUUUCUUCCUUCUGGAUCUAUACUUAGAAUUCCGUAGUAUGUAUAGCUUAUCCCGUAGUCAGUUUGUAGGGAGGUUGCAGAAAUAGGCGGUAACUUUUAUCUUCUCCAUGAUGGAUUUUCUUAAAGGCUUGGCCUUUUUUUUUUCCCUAUGAGAGUGAUGGUUGGAUUGGUUAUGUAUACAUUAGCUUUGCAAAGUUUAGAUUGGCCAUUGGUGUUUGUGUCAUGCCUCGGAUUCCAUUUUCAGCUGGGAGAAUAAGUUAGAUUUGUUUCUUUGAAAUUGUGUUCGAGUCUAUGGGGGUGCUUGUCAUAGUAUUUUGUAAUGUAUUUAUUUGUACAAAGUUGUAUGGCUAAUGGAAGUGUCAGCGUCUUCUUUGAA